AUGGAGGCAGACUGGACUAUCAACGAGACGGGCGCUGUUAACGACAUACAUCUUUGCUAUGAAUCAGAUAAUGUCACAUACACAUUUACAAGCAACCCUUCGAUAAUAUGUGUUGUAUUAUACAUUUUCCUUGGUUCAUUGUCUGUUGUCACAAUAUGUGGAAACCUCCUCGUUAUAAUCUCUAUUGUUUACUUCAAACAGCUCCACACUCCCACUAACUACCUGAUCCUCUCUCUGGCCGUGGCCGACCUACUUGUAGGAGUUUUAGUUUUUCCCUUCAGCAUGGCGUUCACUGUGACCUCAUGUUGGUAUCAUGAAGGUUUGUUUUGCAAAGUACGAGGCAGCUUUGAUGUCACGCUGAGCACAGCUUCUAUUCUGAACUUGUGUUGUAUUUCUAUAGACAGAUACUACGCAGUUUGUCAGCCGCUCAGGUACAAAACUAAAAUAAACAAUCGCGUCAUCGCGAUCAUGAUCCUCGUGAGCUGGGGUAUCGCUGCCCUGAUUGGAAUUGGCCUCAUAAUUGCAGGUUUUAAUCAAGGAAAAUGUGAGGAAAGUUGUUUAAUUGAUGCUCUGAUAUCAACCACGCUGGCUUGUAUUUUCUCCUUUUACAUCCCGGUCAUUAUAAUGCUGUGUAUCUACCUGAAGAUUUUCCUUGUUGCACAGAGACAGGCUUACAGCAUCCAGCAGAGCACAGCGUGUCAGAGCACAAAGUCUGGAGCCGGCAUCAGUAAGAUGGAGAGGAAGGCCACUAAAACUCUGGCUACUGUUAUGGGAGUUUUUCUCUUAUGCUGGACUCCUUACUUUCUCUGUAUCAUCUUUCAGCCUUUAACAUACAGUGUGACACCGAUUGCUGUGAUCGAGGCUCUAAACUGGCUCACGUUGUCCAAUUCAAUGCUGAAUCCCUUUAUCUAUGCCUUCUUUUACACCUGGUUCAGAUCCGCUUUCAGAAUGAUCAUGUCAGGCAAAAUAUUUCAGGGUGAUUUUGCCAAUGCCCGACUCUUUUGA